CUUUAUCGUUCUAAGAACCACAAACCAGUUUAUGGUUGUUGAUCUGAGGAUGGAGCCAAUGUCCUAGUCGGUAUAAAAGUUAAGCGUCUCACUGGACACUCGCACACUAAUCAGUCGGUCAGUGUCAAGGAAGUUGAACAAAAUCUUUAAAAAUGAAAUCCUGUAUUAUUUUCUGUCUGCUGGCGCUGGUGGCGGCCGCAGUGGCGCGCCCUAGCGAACAUUACACUGACAGAUUUGACAACGUCAACCUGGAUGAAAUCCUGGCCAACAGGCGACUGCUCGUUCCGUACGUGAAGUGCGCCUUGGACCAGGCCAAGUGCACUCCGGAUGGCAAGGAACUCAAAUCUCACAUCCGCGACGCUCUCGAGAACGGGUGCGCCAAAUGCACGGAGCCCCAGCGCGAGGGUACCCGCAAGGUGAUCGGUCACCUCAUCAACCACGAGCCGGACUACUGGAACCAGCUCACGGACAAGUAUGACAGAGACCGCAAGUUCACCAAACAGUACGAGACCGAGCUGAGGAAGUUCAGGCAUUAGGCCGUUUAGAAAAAUAUUGCGUAAAUUUAUUUGCUUUUUGCAAAACGGGAGGUUAUCUUGAAGAAUACAAUUUAGAACAUCAUGUAUUAUGAUCAUGUAUCAUCUAUUUUAGAAUUGGAAUAUCAUUUUGUAAGAUUGUUUUUACACCGAUAAGGAAAGCAUAUUAUAUAUAUCCAUGAAUACACACUAUAGCUUAAGUGAUUUGCAUGAUAAAAGCUAUAUGUAAAUUGCUUAAGCUAUUAUUUUAUAGAUUAUUCAUUGAUAUAUGAAUUAAUCAUAUAAAACACUAUAUUUUAUAUUCCAGCGUUUCUGCUAACUGUCGAAGUAGAUUUAGUUUUAUUUAAACUUUUCAGCACAAGUAGUGUAGGUAUCUGUGAUUUUCCCUUUAAAAAGCAAAAUCAGUGAAAUCUUACGAAGGAAACGGUCCUGGUGACUGGAAAGAAGACUGUCCUAAAACUUAACACGAUAUAGUAUAGUUGCAUAACCUUUGCAGUAUUUGUUUUAAAAUUGGAACGGCAAUGUUGCUGAACUAUGAUUUUGAUAUUCGGGAGUUUGAUAAAAUACAACACUAAAUUGUAUAACUGAGGUUUUAUUCUAAUAAACUUUUGUGAUAUUUUA